AUGGCGAUGCGGAAGGGCUCGAAGUCUAAAGCGAGCAACAAGCUGGUGAUCACCUCUGUUGCCUUUCAAGACCACAUCACACGGAGCCUGCUGCAGUCAGACUUCUCCCUUUCUGACCCUUUGCUGAGAUGCAGAAGAAAAACAGCCACAAACCAACAAGCAAGAGGACAAGUGGAAGGUCUGCAGAGGCCGGGUGACUGGAGAGACCAGAGGGAAUACGUUCUGGAUCCGGCUCCUCCUGCUUUAUCAUUAGCUCAGAAGAUGGGUUUGGUGGCUUCCCCGGCAGAGAGGCUGAUGGAGGACGAGUGGAUGCAGGUCAAGGCGAGGUCCGUUCACCAGGGGGAAUCCGCUCAGCCCUGUGCGAUAUGCAGGGAGGAGUUUCGCCUGCAGCCUCAGGUGCUGCUGUCUUGCUCCCAUGUUUUCCACAGAGCUUGUCUGAAGGCCUUUGAGAGGUUCUCUGGGAUGAAGCGCUGCCCGAUGUGCAGGAGGAGGCAGUAUGAAACACGCGUGAUCCACGAUGCAGCGCAGCUCUUCAGACACCAGAGUGCCACCAGAAUUCAAGCUUGCUGGCGAGGCUACGUCGCUCGAAAGUGGUACAAGCAUGUGAGGAAAACAAUCUGCCCAAAAGACAAACGGCUGCGACGCAAAUUCUUUGAGGCGAAGUUGCAGGAGUUGAAUGACAGCUUUGUCCGAUACUGUCACACCGACACGGAGGCUUUUCUGAGUGAUAUCGACCGCUCCCUGUCAUCAAGCAGACGAGUGUUCCAGCAGUUGGAGAGAAAGAGCGUCUCCGAGCCACAGGAGAACGACUGGGACCGAAUACAGAGCCAGGUUAUCCAGAGGGAUGUGUGGGACUGUCCCAUCUGCCUGACUGCUCUGUGCAGACUGAAAGUCCCGACACAAGCCGCUACAUCCAACCAUCAACAGCCCAGACGGACCGUGCUCCUGUCCUGUUCCCACGUCUUCCACCAGCUUUGUUUAGAGGCCUUUGAGUCGUUUACAGCCAACAGCAGACCUUCAUGUCCCCUGUGCAGAUCUGUCUACCACAAAAGACUCAUCUAA